CGCCAGCUAACUGGCGCUGUCGGCGUGAUGGCGCUCAGCGUCUGUGGCGCGGAGUAGCGGAGUGUGGGCGGGCGGCCGCAGGGUCUGGCCCUAAAGCUUCGGCCCCGGGGUCUCUGGGAGCGGCCGGGGGGCGGGGAGCGAUCCCUCCCAUUGCCGCCCGCUGCCACCACCGGGCAUGUCGGCUGAGGCCUCGGGCCCGGCGGCGGCGGCGGCGGAGGCCCCGGCCCUGGAGGUGCCCAAGCCCCCGGGGCUGGAGCCGGGCCCCGGCGCCCCCGGGCUGCGGCCGCUGACCCCCAACAGCAAGUACGUGAAGCUGAACGUGGGCGGCUCGCUGCACUACACCACGCUGCGCACGCUCACGGCGCAGGACACGCUGCUCAAGGCCAUGUUCAGCGGGCGCGCAGAGGUGCUGACGGACGCGGGAGGCUGGGUGCUGAUUGACCGGAGCGGCCGUCACUUUAGUACCAUUCUCAACUACCUGCGGGACGGGUCGGUGCCCCUGCCUGACAACGCCAGAGAGCUGGGAGAGCUGCUGGGGGAAGCACGCUACUACCUGGUACAGGGCCUGGUUGAGGAUUGCCAGCUGGCACUGCAGCAAAAAAGGGAAAACCUGUCCCCGCUGUGCCUCAUCCCCACGGUGACAUCUCCCCAGGAGGAGCAGCAGCUCCUGGCCAGCACCUCUAAGCCCGUGGUGAAGCUGCUACAUAACCGGAGUAACAACAAGUACUCCUACACCAGCACUUCAGACGACAACCUCCUAAAGAACAUUGAGCUGUUUGAUAAGCUGGCUCUGCGCUUCCACGGGCGGCUGCUCUUCCUCAAGGACGUCCUGGGAGAUGAGAUCUGCUGCUGGUCCUUCUACGGGCAGGGCCGCAAAAUCGCCGAGGUGUGCUGCACCUCCAUAGUCUAUGCCACGGAGAAGAAGCAGACCAAGGUGGAAUUCCCGGAGGCUCGAAUCUUUGAGGAGACCUUGAACAUCUUGAUCUACGAGACCCCUCGGGGCCCAGAUCUUGCCCUCCUGGAGGCCACAGAGGGGGCAGCUGGCGGUGGCGGUGCAGGCCGAGGGGAGGAUGACGAGAACCGGGAGCACAGAGUCCGCAGGAUCCACGUCCGGCGCCACAUCACCCAUGACGAGCGGCCCCACGGCCAGCAGAUUGUCUUCAAGGACUGACGCUUGACCUUCCUCCCUACUGGCCUCCGGCCACCGGGACCAAGUCCCCCUCUGCCUCCCUCUCCCAGCCUUUGCCCCGACUUUGCUGGCCAAGUCGAGGUUCUGCCUCCUGUCCCAUUACUGCAUGAUAUACUUUGGCUAUCUUGCAUUCUUUCAUUCCCUCCUCAGUGCUAACACCACGGUACGGCCCAGCCCCUCAUUCUGCACAGUCAGAGCCCUCAGGAGGCCUGCGCAUUUGCUCUCUCACCCCCAUUCUUGUCCUGCUACCUUCCCUCACCAGCUGGUUUCAAAUGAUUUAGAAUUCCCAUCCUCUUUUUUUAGUACAUCGUACAUGCCAAAGUGUCAAGCCAGCCCCGAAUAACACCCACCACGUUCUGAGCCGCCUCCCCACUGUCGUGCAGGGUGACUUGCCUCCACCCACCUUCCCACCUCCCUAACCUCCCUAACUACUGGGGGCUCGGGCCUGCCCUGGCCCAGCUCUCUUCUCCGCCUGUUUCAUAUUAUUUAUUAUUUUAAUUUUCUAUUAAAUUAUUUGAAUAAAGUUGA